UGGUCGGUGCAGCUCGUGGGUGGGAGGGAGCACGAGGGGCCCGAUGCCCAGCGGGAGGGGAGCAUGGCCGCCGGCAGGAGCGGGGGAAAUCCGCCCCCGGAGGGAGGCAAGGGGGGUCUGCCACCAGCUGCCAGGAGCGGGCUGAGGAAGGGAGAGCGCUUUGCCUCUGGGAGCCUGGCUCACACCCAGAGCUCUUUACUAUCCGGGUCCUCGCAGUGCAUGGCUUCGCCUUCCCCCCAGUAGGCACCUGCGUUACUGCAACGGUGACCCACUGUUUCAGGAGCCCAGAUGGUGAUGGAGAACAUCUCUUCCUCUUCACUGUUCUCGACCAGCUCCACCACUCAGCAUGAAAACUCCACUGUGUCCAGUUACUUCUCUGGCCUCCAAAAGAGCAUGCAUAUCCUUUCCAUGGUGGUCUACAGCAUUGCGUGUCUGCUGGGGGUGACAGGCAAUGGCCUUGUCAUCUGGAUCGCUGGCUUCAAGAUGAAGAAGACAGUUAAUGCCGUGUGGUUUCUAAACCUGGCUGUUGCCGAUUUCAUCUUCACCUUUUUUCUGCCCUUCAGCAUUGCCUACACUGCCCUGGGCUUUCACUGGCCAUUUGGGAAGCUCCUGUGCAAACUGAACAGCACCAUUGCCUUCCUCAAUAUGUUUGCUAGCGUCUUCCUCCUAAUGGUGAUCAGCAUAGACCGAUGCAUUUCGGUGAUCUGCCCUGUGUGGUCUCGUAACCACCGGACACCAAAGUUGGCUUCCAACAUUGCCCUGGUCACAUGGGUCCUAGCCUUCAUCAUCAGCUCUCCGUAUCUUGUUUUUCGAGACACUGCUACUAAUUCGAAGAACGUUACCAGCUGUUACAAUAACUUUGCCCUGUCUGAUGACUAUAAAUCUGAGGAGACACGGCGGCUGUGGAAAAUGAGGCACAAAGCUAUGAUCGUAACCAGAUUCUUAUGUGGGUUCCUCAUCCCCUUCACCGUGAUCCUCGUCUGCUACAGCAUCAUUGUUGUCAGGAUGAAAAGGAGCCAUCUAGCCAGAUCCACUAAGCCUUUCAGGAUCAUUGUUGCUGUCACAGUGUCGUUUUUCCUCUGCUAUUUUCCGUACCAUGUCUUCUGCUUGCUUGAAAUGUCUAAAAACUCUUCCAAUCAGGAGCUGAAAAUGGCCCUUUACAUAGGGAUCCCCUUGGUUUCCAGUCUUGCCUUCUUCAACAGCUGUAUCAACCCCAUCCUCUAUGUCUUUGUGGGGCAGGACUUCAAGGAGAAGUUCCGACAGUCCAUUCUCUCUGCCUUCGAGGGGGCCUUCAGUGAGGACUCCAUCCUGAACACCCUGGCCAGCAAGAGAAAAUCCAGAGCCACUUCUGAAGCAGAAAUUCCAGGGGUUUAAUCAGUAGCUAAUGGCCCAAAUUUUAGUGUUAAGUUACAGGAGACCCAGUUCUGUCCUCUGCCAGUGCAGUUCCUGUGGAUUUCAAUCAGAGUCGUAUUGUGUCACUGAAGGCAGAAAUGGGCUCUGGGUGAUAAAGAAGUGUGAUUUGCUCCAGUUUGGAUGUGCAAAACCCAGGGUGACUUACACACCAAGGAGGUGAAACAGCUGGAUGGAGUGGGGCUGUAGAAUGAAAAGCAACUGACAGAGGGUUGUUAAAUAAAGUAACAACUCCCUGCCAUGUACACUUUACACUCUCCUAUUUGUUGCUUUUCCUGCUAUUUCCACCUUUUUCAUUUCCCUCAGUGUAAGUCGCACUCAUUUUGACACACCCACGGAGGACCAGAUCAGUGCAAAUUACUCUGUUUGUGCCAUUCUGCUCAUUUUUAACUUGAAACAUAAGCACUGAAUGUGGCCCAGAGAAUUUAAUGCCAGCCGGGUUAAAUCCAGUCUGCACUUGGCCCGUUAUUUCGAGAUGUAGCUUGUCUGUUUUAUUGCCCUGCCUUGACUGAUACCCGCUGCAGCGUUCCCUUGGAAAAAACCUAAUAUGUGCUUAGCAAAAUGUGUUCCACAAUAUCCAUGUUUAAAAGAUUAAGAUGCCAUUCAGGUUUCCUUUACUAGCAGUCAAACCGUACCAGUAAUCAGUUCAGCGUUGCUCACCUUCUGUAUAAACAUCCAGCACCUGAAGAGCAAACCCUUUAGGCCUAAUGGCUUGUGCACUACGUUAUUUUGUUGAUCCGCUGACAGGUCUCCCGGCACCUUCCUUAUCUUUCUAGGGUUUCCCAUAAAGAAAUAUUAGGAUCCUCUCCACAGUGACUCAUUUAACAAAUGUCUUCUAUUCAGGGUAACCUCAGGGGUGACCUUGUGGAUUCUGAUGCAACACACCCAGGGCCAAACCCCACUUAUAUUUACAGCUGUGUAGCCUCAUUGACUUCACCUGACUUCCAUCAGGUGGCAGGAGCAUAGCUGUAGCAGUUGCCAUAUGUGCUGCAAACUGCUCUUUGCAGAGGUUCCAAAAUGCUUGAGCACCACUAAAUGGUAACAUGGUGCAUUGCUGCUCCUAUAAAUAUAUAUGUGCACACACAAGAGGAGAAAGGGGGAAGCUAUUCUGAUAAAUCCUGAUUACAAAUAAGUUAGACCAGCAGAUGUGAAGAUCCUUUUUCAUGUCUGGUGCACUGGUCCUAGUGAACGAGAGGCUUAGGAGAAAAUAACCUGCUCAGCAAAAAGGUGGCUGGAAGACACUGUAGGAUCCACAAGGAUUAUUGAUCCUCUUCACAUUGUGUCCUUAUCCUCGUUGAUGCUAUUGUGUAUGGGGCUUGCUCCAAAAUGUACUGAAGUCGAUAGAAAGGCUUCCCUUGCCUUCAGUGGGUGUAAUGACAGCAUAACUUUACUCCCAGGAGUAAUCCCUUUUGAGUUAAUGGGACAACUCAUGUGAGUAAGGUGAUGUGUUUUUGCAGGAUCAGGACUCUAGGUAGUAAAACUAUAUAAUUUUCCUCCCACGAUAUACUGGGACAUGGACUAAUAGCUGUGCCCUGUUACUCAAGUUUGAUAUAAAAUACACAUUUUUCUGACUGGCAGCUCUCAAUGUUCGACAUUUUACUGUCUCUCAAAUAGCUGAGACCUGACAGUUUGUACUUCACGUAAUGAAUGUUAAAAAUCAAUAAAAACAUUUCAAAACACACAGCCUGUGGAUCUAAUUACUGCCGUGUCACCGUGUGCUAAAAUACACGGAAAUACUCAAUGAUCACAACUGACCAUGCUAGUUCCCCUGGGGCAAUGGGACAACUAACCAAAACAGCCAAACAAUCCGGAAUUCAGAGACCACUGGAGUUAGGGCCAAAACUGAAGUAAAUGGGGCUCCAGCCUGGGCUCAGGGAUCUGUGCAUGUGGAUCCAAUUGCAAGACUGGGUUCCUACCUUAUGAGUCGAUCUCAGUGCUUUUAAUACAUUGGAAAACCAGUUGGUUGAGAAUGAUGAAAUAAUACCCCCCGUAUGCCUCCGGGCUGUAUCUGCUUGAGCGUCAGAUUGGAAGCUGUUCCGGAUGAGGAUUUUGGUUUUGUUCAGCAGGAGUAAUCAGUCUUUGGCCAGGUUUAUUUUUUUAGAAGAGAAAACCUGUGUGAUCAGGAAAGGCAUUUCAGCGUAGAGUGAGAUGCUGUUAUAGGAGAGUGGGGUGGGGGGAGAGAAAAUGUUUUGUAGUG